AUGACCUGCAAAAAUAGAAAAUGCUGCGGUCCUGGAUAUGCAAGUCCUGCCGAGGCUAUGAAAGCACCAAAAGAAAAGGUUCUUUUUGUGACAUGCCCUCAUGCCGAUGGCUCUGGUAAUGAUAUGCUAGCCGCCAUUGAUGUUGAUCCUGAUAGCGAGACGUUUUGUCAGGUACGAUCUUGUCCAAAGCUGUAUUUCCACACAAUGGUGAUGAAGUACACCAUAGCGGGUGGAAUGCUUGCUCGUCGUGCUAUGACAAACCGUCAGCGAGACGUGAUUUCCAAGCAUUUUAGAACGCACAUAAUAUUGCCAUGCUUGAACUCGGAUCGCAUCUAUAUUGUCAAUGUCGAAGACGAGAAGAAUAUCCGGAUUGAUAAGGUAAGAGGAUCAAAAAGGCUAUUUCAAACAUUUUUUGCGGAUUACCGUUUUUCUCAAAUUUACAUAUUUGCAUACAAAAAAGAUGCCUACAGUUAA